GAGAGCGAGCGCCGCGCGCCGGCGCGCACGCCCGCCACCCAGCUUUACUAUAUCGCGCCCUCGCGCGCCUCCCUCCUCGCCGGGCAUUCAAACAGCUUUCCGACGUCGCCUGGCAGCCCAGGAUUUUCGCCCCAGCUCCUCCGCCGCGCUCCGUCCAUCAUCAGUACCUGGCGGGGAGGAGGGCCAGGGAGGAGGGCGCACAGAGCAGCCGGGCUCCAGUUCCAGCCUCGCCACCGGCCGGGAGCACUCCUGCCAUCAGCCCGCCGCCCAACCCGCCGCCUCGGCCGCCGGCGGCGGCCACUUCUCAGCGCUUUUUGGGCUCCUUGGCCAAUCCGUUUGUUGGGGGGGUGGUGGGUUUGGGAAAACACAUCUGCGCUCUUAAUCCACUUCCAUUUUUUUUUGUUUUGUUUUGUUUUGUUUUUUGGCUUUUUUUUUUUGUUUGUUUGUUGUUUCUGUCGAGUCUCCCUUCAGGGGGCCUCUCCCCGCCUCUCCUUUGGAGGCUUCAUUCACUUGGAUAAGGCGCAAGGCUCUGGCCACUGGAUACCCCCCCCUUUUUUUUUUAAUCUCCCCCCUUUUUUUGCUUCUCUUAUGCGUGCAUUUUUUUCCCCAAUAAUAAAUCCUGAUAUUUGAAGCUGAGCCGAGGGAAAAAUGGGCAACGGUGAUUGGGACCGAAGGGGAGUCUCUCCGUCACUGUUGUUGGGACGUGUGCCUGUGCUGGUGUCUUAGAUCAAAAGCCUCCCGGAGCUUUCGGAGUGGAAGGCCAAAUGACAUAGGAUGAAGGCUGUUCGUACCCUGCUGAUUUAUAUAUUUUCCACCUAUCUCCUGGUUAUGUUUGGAUUUAAUGCUGCCCAAGACUUCUGGUGUUCAACUUUGGUGAAGGGAGUCAUUUAUGGAUCCUAUUCUGUAAGUGAAAUGUUUCCCAAAAACUUUACAAACUGCACUUGGACGCUGGAAAAUCCAGAUCCAACCAAAUAUAGCAUUUACCUGAAAUUUUCCAAAAAGGACCUUAGCUGCUCUAACUUUUCCCUUCUGGCUUAUCAGUUUGAUCAUUUUUCCCAUGAAAAAAUAAAGGAUCUUUUGAGAAAGAACCAUUCUAUAAUGCAACUUUGCAGUUCCAAGAAUGCUUUUGUUUUUCUACAGUAUGAUAAAAAUUUUAUUCAGAUACGUCGGGUAUUUCCAACUGAUUUUCCGGGAUUACAGAAAAAGGGCGAAGAAGAUCAGAAAUCUUUUUUUGAGUUUUUGGUACUGAACAAGGUGAGCCCAAGCCAGUUUGGUUGCCAUGUCUUAUGCACUUGGUUGGAGAGUUGCUUGAAAUCGGAAAAUGGGAGAACAGAGUCCUGUGGAAUCAUGUACACAAAGUGCACCUGCCCUCAGCAUUUGGGAGAGUGGGGGAUUGAUGACCAGUCGCUGGUUUUGUUGAAGAACGUCGUGUUACCCCUGAAUGAGCAGACGGAGGGCUGCCUGACUCAGGAGCUGCAGACUACUCAAGUCUGCAAUCUGACCAGGGAGGCCAAAAGACCACCCAAAGAAGAAUUUGGAAGGGUUAGUACUGUGCACAUCUGUAAAACUACUUCCAUGUCACAAUCACCAAGAACACGUAAGAACCACCGUUUUGUUUUUAUUAUGCUCUGUGUAGAAUAG